UAUCAGAACUGCAAGCGGCGGCUUUUGGUUAGCUAAUUUGUUUACCUUUUAUUGUUGAAACUCAAAACAAUACAUAAAAUGGAAAUAACUUUGGCUCUGAUAAAGCCCCAUGUGCUGCGAAACACCUAUGCGAUGCAGCAGAUCCGGGCGCUGAUCGCGCAGAAUUUCACGGUUUUGGACCAGAAGGAGGUUUGCAUUACGAAAGAACUGUCGGAGCAAUUCUACGCGGAGCACAAGGGCAAGUUCUUCUACCACCGGCUAACUAGCUUUAUGAACAGCGGACCCUGUUAUGCGCUGAUCCUGCAGUCGGAGGCUUGCAUUCAGAAGUGGCGUGGUCUUCUAGGACCGACCAAGGUGUUCCGGGCUGUAUAUAGCGAUCCCAACUGCAUCCGGGCGUUGUACGGGCUAUCCGAUACCCGCAAUGCCUGCCACGGAUCAGAUAGUGAGGCAUCGGCCCUCCGUGAGAUCGGCAUCUUGUUUCCGGAAUUCAACGCCGCUGUGGCCAACAGACAGGCGAAAAAGGAUACGUAACCGAGGGUAUUACGAUCUUUGGACUAGGCAAAAGUUGAACUGCAUUUGUAUUUUAAUCGUAUGUUUGCUGACCGCAAUUUAAUUUAAGACUUAUAAGUUUUUUAUAGGCAGUUAAAAAAAGCUUUAAUAUUUUUAAAGUCAUUCUAACCUGACGAAUUUCUGAAGUUGACAAAUAAAAAAAUGAUUGUUGAAUAAUUA